GCGCACCCGCUCACGCCCAGUCGAGGCCCUACACGUCGGCGUUCAUCACGUGCCUCUUCGGCCCGGCCGCCGGAUUUAUAUAUUCGCGCGCCAGCCGUGCCCGCAGUGUCAGUCGGUGAGUGACGCGACGCACUCGCCCGUACACUGCCAGUCCGCCUGAGAUAUUUUUCUCUCUCUCCGGGGUGAGGGUGCGGCAGAGGGAGAGGGUAGACCGCGGGUGGGCGUGAUGCUGCUGCGGAGCGCGUCCUCGCCGCUGCUCAACGCGGCGCGCGUGCCGGCGGCCGCAGCGGUGGACCAUGUAGUGGGCCACAGGCACCUCGCGGUGGCGUCGCCGGCGGGGCAUCACGGGCCGAGGCAGCAGGGGGCGUUGUGCCGCGCAUUGUCCGAGGCCGAUCUGCUGGCGCCCGUGUCGCUCCCGGCCGCGAGGAGCUCGUCCGCGUCCGCUUUGCUCGAGGAAGACGAGGAGGAGGCGCAGCAGGAGGACGAGGACGUGGUCGGGGUCGGGGUGGCGGCCGUGCCGCUGCGCCGGCUGCUGACGAGCGCGGGGCUGGACGCGGCCGUGGGGCGGGACGAGGAGGCUGCAACCGGUGGCGGAACCCUGGCGCUCCUCGAGGGCGUCGGGGGAGGCGGCGGGCGCGGGAAGGUGUGCGGCGGCUGGCAGGGCGGCCGUGGAGGAGACGGGGACGGCGACGGCGACGGAGGUGACCGCGGCGCCACCGACGCGCACUACCGGCGGAUGAUCAGGGCCAACCCGGGCAACUCGCUGCCGCUGGGGAACUACGCCAGGUUCCUCAAGGAGGUGCAGGGGGACGCGGCGAGGGCGCAGGAGUACUACGAGCGCGCCAUCGUCGCCAACCCCGGCGACGGCGACGCCCUGGCGAUGUACGCGGGCCUCGUCUGGGAGACCAGCCGCGACGCCGAGCGCGCCGACGCUUACUACAACCGCGCCGUCCAGGCCGCGCCCGACGACUGCUAUGUCCUGGGAUCCUACGCCGGGUUCCUGUGGGACGCCGAGGAGGAAGACAAUCUCAACGACGGGCAGCCUCCGGCGGGGUCGCCGCCGUUCUAUGGGGCAGCGCAGCCAUCCUCCAUCAGAGCGGCAUCUUAGACGAAGAGCCAAUCUCACUGCCAGUAAACAAACUGCAUCUGGAACUCUGCAAGGAAGAGCGACAUGCCACGAUCACGGUGGCCUCCCGAGGGAAGCCGCCGCCACUGCCGUCGCCGGCCGGGUCGCAGCAGCUGGUAAACUAAAUAAACCAAGUCCGGCUAAAUAUGUAGUGUGCAAAAUGAAUCUGGAAAGAGCAGUGCGCUUCUAAGGUUGGUAGGAUCUGCAGCACUGCAGGAUAAAUAUGUGGCCUAAUAAGGUUUUGCUGUGCUUGUACAUGUAGAAUGUUCCUGAUAGCAUGGUGUAUGUAGUGUAUGUACCACUUGUGAAUUACAGUAAUUGCCAAAACCGAUUGUCCCAGCA